AUGGGCCGCCCGGCUGCGGCGCGGACCGGCGCCGGGGGGCUCUGCGCCCCGCUGCUGCUGCUGCUGCUGCUGGUGGCCACGGGGGUCCCAGCCGGCGCCUACAACCUCGACGCGCAGCGCCCGGUGCUCUUCCAGGGGCCCGCGGGCUCCUUCUUCGGCUACGCGGUGCUGGAGCACUUCCACGACAACACGCGCUGGGUCCUUGUGGGUGCACCGAAGGCAGAUUCUAAAUACAGCACCUCAGUAAAGUCUCCUGGAGCUGUGUUUAAGUGUCGUGUCCACACCAACCCUGACCGGAGAUGCACCGAACUGGAUAUGGUUCAAGGUAGGAAUCGUGGUGAGCUCUGUGGGAAGACCUGCAGGGGAGACCAGGAUGAUGAGUGGAUGGGGGUGACCCUGGCCCGGCAGCCCAAAGCAGAUGGCCGUGUUUUGGCCUGUGCCCAUCGCUGGAAGAACAUCUACUAUGAAACAGACCACAUCUUGCCUCAUGGCUUCUGCUACCUCAUCCCGGCCAACCUCCAGGGCAGAGGCAAGAAGCUGAUCCCCUGCUACGAAGAGUAUAAGAAGAAAUAUGGAGAGGAACACGGCUCCUGCCAGGCUGGGAUAGCAGGCUUCUUCACGGAGGAGCUGGUGGUCAUGGGCGCCCCAGGCUCAUAUUAUUGGGCGGGGACACUCAAGGUGCUGAAUCUCACGGACAAUAUGUAUUUAAAACUGAAUGAUGAAGCCAUUAUGCACAAGCGGUACACUUACCUGGGCUAUGCAGUGACCGCUGGCCACUUCUCUCAUCCAUCCGUCACUGAUGUGGUAGGAGGCGCCCCACAGGAUGGAGGCAUUGGGAAGGUUUAUGUAUUUAGAGCUGACCGAAGAUCGGGGACCUUAAUAAAGAUUUUUCAGGCAUCAGGAAAAAAGAUGGGCUCUUACUUCGGCUCCUCCUUGUGCGCAGUUGACCUGAACAUGGACGGCCUCUCUGACCUGCUCGUGGGGGCCCCUAUGUUUACUGAGAUCAGAGAUGAGGGGCAGGUCACAGUAUACCUCAACAACGGAAAUGGAGUCCUUGAGGAGCAGCUGACCCUGACUGGAGAUGGUGCCUAUAACGCACACUUUGGAGAGAGCAUUGCCAGCCUGGGGGAUCUUGACGAUGAUGGGUUCCCAGAUGUGGCUGUCGGUGCACCUAAAGAGGAUGACUUUGCUGGCGCAGUCUAUAUCUAUCAUGGCGAUGCCAAUGGGAUUGUCCCCCAGCACUCAAUGAAACUGUCUGGGAGGCAGAUAAACCCAAGCUUGCGGAUGUUUGGGCAGUCCAUAUCAGGAGGCAUUGACAUGGAUGGAAAUGGCUAUCCCGAUGUCACCAUCGGCGCCUUCCUGUCCGACAGUGUGGUUCUCCUCAGGGCCAGACCGGUCAUCACUGUGGAUGUCUCCAUCUUCCUCCCAGGCUCCAUCAACAUCACAGCCCCUCAGUGUCAUGAUGGACAACAGCCUGUGAACUGCCUGAAUGUCACUGUGUGCUUCCGGUUCCAUGGCAAGCAUGUGCCCGACGAAAUCGGUUUAAACUACAAUCUGACGGCUGAUGUGGCCCAAAAGGAGAAGGGCCAGCUACCCAGAGUCUACUUCCUGUUGCUGGGAGAGACUGCCGGCCAGGUCUCGGAGAAGCUGCAGCUGACUCCCAUGGAGGAGACGUGUCAUCACUACAUGGCCCAUGUCAAGCGGAGGGUGCAGGACGUCAUCAGCCCCAUUGUGUUUGAAGCUGCAUACAGCCUGGAUGCUCCUGUGACUGCUGAGGAGAAGCGGGAGCUGCCAGCUCUGACACCAGUGCUCCGCUGGAAGAAGGGACAAAAGAUCGCCCAGAAAAAUCAGACCGUUUUUGAGAGGAACUGCCGAUCUGAGGACUGUGCCGCUGACCUGCAGCUCCGGGGGAAACUGCUGCUUUCCAGUGUUGAUGAGAAAACCCCACACCUGGCUUUAGGGGCCGUGAAGAAUAUUUCUCUAAACAUCUCCAUCUCCAACCUUGGGGACGACGCGUACGACGCCAACGUGUCCUUCAAUGUGUCCCGGGAGCUCUUCUUCAUCAACAUGUGGCAGAAGGAGGAGAUGGGCAUUUCCUGUGAGCUGCUGGAAUCAGACUUCCUCAAGUGCAGUGUGGGAUUUCCUUUCAUGAGGUCAAAGUCGAAGUACGAGUUCAGUGUCAUCUUUGAUACGAGCCACCUGUCUGGGGAAGAGGAAAUUCUCAGCUUCAUCGUGACUGCUCAGAGUGGCAACAUGGAGCGCUCUGAAGCCCUGAGUGACAACACUCUCACCCUGACGGUGCCACUGGUGCAUGAAGUGGACACUUCCAUCACUGGAAUUGUGUCCCCAACCUCCUUCGUGUAUGGCGAGUCUGUGGAUGCAUCCAACUUCAUUCAGCUGGAUGACCAGGAGUGCCACUUCCAACCACUCAACAUCACUCUUCAGGUCUACAACACGGGCCCCAGCACCCUUCCUGGCUCAUCUGUCAGCAUCUCUUUCCCCAGUCGGCUGUCACCAGGUGGCGCAGAGCUGUUUCAGGUCCAGGAGAUGCUGGUGAGCCAAGAGAAAGGCAGCUGCUCUUUCCAAAGGAACCCAACCCCUUGCAUCAUCCCUCAAGAGCAAGAAAAUAUCUUCCACACCAUAUUUGCUUUUUUCACCAAGUCUGGAAGAAAAGUAUUGGACUGUGACAAGCCCGGGAGUUUCUGCCUAACACUGCACUGCAACCUUAGUGCCCUCCCUAAAGAGGAGAGCCGCACCAUUGACCUGUACAUACUGGUGAACACAGAGAUACUGAAAAAGGACAGCUCCUCUGUCAUCCAGUUCAUGGCUCGAGCCAAGGUGAAGGUGGAUCCUGCCCUGCGAGUGGUGGAGAUAGCCAAUGGGAACCCAGAGGAGACUCUGGUGGUCUUCGAGGCCUUGCACAAUCUGGAGCCCCGGGGCUAUGUGGUAGGGUGGAUCAUCGCCAUCAGUUUGCUGGUGGGAAUCCUCAUCUUCCUGCUGCUGGCUGUGCUGCUGUGGAAGAUGGGCUUCUUCCGCAGAAGGUACAAAGAGAUCAUUGAAGCUGAGAAAAACCGGAAAGAGAAUGAAGAUGGUUGGGACUGGGUCCAGAAAAACCAGUGACCCGCCGUGCCAGUCAUGUGAUGCCCUCAUGUCCCUAUCGCCAGCCUGUGGUCCUUGAUCUUUGUAUCUUCCAUAUUUGGAAGAAAGAAAUCUCCUCCAGAUUUUUCGGAGGCCCCACUGAUGCUGUUCUCUUCCUCAUCUUGUCAAGCCCGGUGCCGACCUGAGACGGCCACCUCCAGCCAGGUCACAUGACUGGGGCCACCACCAAGUCCCUUUACAAGAUAAACUCAGAUAAACUUUGGAAAGACAAGCUACAGAGCAAAGCAAUAUUUAUGGAUGCAACAUUUCGUGGUCAACCCUCAGGGGAAAACUGUUACCUAAAAGUAUUUUUUAUAAAUGUAAGCCUUUUAUAUUGAUCAUGUCUUUAUAUUUGUAUCAAUGUUUUAUUAUUUCUAUUAAAUAGUUCUAUAAUUCACUCAAGCACUGAAAUCUUGGAAAUACAUGUAUCUGCAUACAAAUUUUUAAAGAGAAGGAACUUACUGUACUUUGGAACUUGUUAGGAAAAAAAAAUCUUGCAGAUAAAAUAAACUGAAGAAACCUCAUGAAAUGAAUCCACCAACUUGGGAGCACUGCAAAAACAUCAUGGAUAUGGAAAGAGCACCUAAGACAUUUCCCAUUGUUAUCACCUAAAGCCAAGUUCGGAGAGCUUGAAGAAGUAUCAGUGUGUUCUCUUAUGGACGCCUCCCUGGGAGACUCCCAACAGGAACUGGGAUGGAAAGCCUGAUGUCCUCAUAACAGAUACUCUGUACCACCAUGAUGCAUGCAGCCACACACUGCAUUCGCCUCCCUCUGGAGUCAGCAAGUGCUAGAUGGACAACUGGUCAACCUCAGCAUAGCAUCUCAUCCCAGACACCAUGCCCCAGGGAUCACAGCCCGGGACUGAAGCUGGGCUCCCUCAGCAAAGACGUGUGUCUCUCUGUGUGUGUAAGCUGUUAUUUUGUGGUGUGACUUUAGUUUAAGGGUCUCUAUUUCCUCUGUUCCUCAUCCUGUUCCCAACUGGUGAUGUUGCAGAUUCCUCCCCAGAGAGGAUCGCCCUGCUUGGUUUGUGUUUAUGUCUUAGGUGGAAUUCUCAGGAAUCAAACCCUGAAACAGGACUUAGGUGCAAGUAACUUAUUGAGGAAGUCUUCCUAGAAGGUAACAGUGAGGAAGUGGAGAAUGCAAGACAGGAAAGUAGGGGAAGUCAAGCAACAGUGUUACUUCAGGGGACCACUCAUGAAGUACCAUCAGCCCAGCUGGGUCUGGUGGGCAAGUCAGGCUGAGGUAGCUAGGCUUUGGUGGUCCCACACCUGCGGGGAUAUAAACUUUCUGCCCUUGGUUCUUGCUGACAAGAUGACUUUGUCCUCUAGAGGAGAGCAUUGGGAGCACCCUCAAGUAGGGAGAGCCAGAAAUCAUGCAAAGAACUCUGAGUUGAGCCAAGACCUCUGGUGCCCACACCUCCUAUACAAGUGAAUGCUACCCUCAGCUUUGGGUAGCCAAAACCACCAUGAGUAAAGGAGAUCCUAGAAGUCAAAUGUUGCAUCUGACUCUCAAUGGAGACAGUGGGCAGCCCAGGAAACCAGUGCACACGCAGUCCGUGGGUUUUAUCAAAAGAAAUAAGGAAAGAAGUCUUGGCUUUACCAGCCUUGUACAGCCUGGACUGUGGGUCAGGCACUGUGCUGACUGCUGAUGGAGCCCCAGAGAACACAGUCACCUCAUGCCUCAAGGCGGUAAGCCCUCCCACGAUAGGUGUGUAGUGUGGAUUCUUCAUGAACCCCAUUUGCAGCUGUCCUGUGGUGAUGAUGUGCGAGUCAUGCCAUUGUUUCCUUUAAUAAAUCUUUUGAGAUUCUUAGGUGGUGAAACCACUACAGAACCAUCUACAGUUUUAGCCAAAUGCAUCUGUCCUCACUGGCCUGCUUUCUGCAAACGGUAUGGCUGCACUGGGGUCGGGAGAACCGCUAGCCAGCAGAGCCACACCUGAGAAACUGUGGACAGAGAGAAAGGACAGAUGCAGCUGGAAUCUGGCCACCUGUGCCUGAUUGUGAAUGGUGAGCCCUCAUGAAUAGUCAUGUGCCAAGGGUCACUACAACUCCGUGAGACAGAUUUAAAGACAACUACAUGGUAGCCCCGGAAGCAAAUCCUAACAGCCACCGUUGG